AUGGUGCAUCAUUUUGUUCAACAAAUGCAUUUAGAGUUUGAAAUUAGUCUUGUAGGAGAACUCACUUAUUUUCUUGGUCUGCAAGUUAAGAAAAUGGAGGAAAUUAUUUUUUGGACUCAAAGUAAGUAUGCUAAUAAUAUAGUAAAUAAGCAUGGUCUAUACAAUGCAAGCCAUAAGAGGACACCUAGUGCAACUCACUUGAAGUUGUCUAAGGAUGAAAAUGGAGUGGAUGUAGAUGAAAGUCUCUACAGAAGCAUGAUAGAAAGUCUGUUAUAUCUUAUAACUAGUAGACCUUAUAUUACAUAUGUUGUAGGUGUAUACCCUAGGUACCAAGCUAAUUCUAAGACUAGCCAUCUCACUCAAGUAAAGAGGAUCCUGAAGUACAACAGUGGGACUUAUAACUAUGGCAUAUUAUACUCUCAUGAUAUAAAUCUUAUUCUAGUAGGUUAUUGUGAUGCAUAUUAG